AUGACUAAUAAUAAUGAAACCAAUAACAAUCCAACUCCAAUUCCUAAUGAGCAGGUUGAUCAAAAUAUUAAUUUAACCCCUGCCAUGUUAACGGCACUUUUCCAACGACCCUAUGAUCGCCAAUUCGUUAUAGAUUUAGAAGUAUCGAUAUUAGGUUUUAUAGAUUCAAAUGCCUUAUCUUAUGAAUUGAAACCAAUGAAUUCAUAUUAUAGAUUACUAGCUCAUCAAAUAGCAGAAUAUCAUAAUCUACAACAUACUUUGGCAAGAUCUCAAGAUAAAUGCUUGAUCAUCUUUAAAGGGGAAGGGUUUAAAAAAAUUACAAAUAAACCUCUAUUACAACAUAUACAACCUUAUCUAGCUGGACCUCAUCCGCCUAUAAUACAGAUGUCAAUACCACCACAUCAACAUUUUUAUCCUGAAUCACCAAAUCAAAUUAGUAAUCAUAAUAUGAAUAAUGCAAAUAAUAAUACAAAUAAAAAGUUUAAACUAUUGAAGAAGGAUCAAUCAACAUCUUCCAUCAAUAGUACUGAUAAUAGUGUGGAUCAGGAAUUUGAAAAUAAUAACUCUGUUAAAGAAUCAUAUAAUCAAAUUGAUCAAGAUGAUAAUAGUAAUAAUAAUAGUAAUAUAAAUCUAGAACAAGAUAGAACUGAAAGAGAAAAUGAAUACGAAUUACGCAAGAAGAAAAUAUUCGAAGUUGAUAAGACUGAUGACGAAGAUGAAGAUGAAGAUGAAGAUGCUAAUGAAAGUGAAGAUAAUGAUAAUGAAUCAGAUCUGGGAAAUGAAUCCAAUGUCCCUUCAACUCCUGAUAGAACAAAUAGAGAUGAAAUUGAAAGACAUUCAAGUUCUUCCUAUGGAAGUUCAGGUGAUUCUCCACAACCUCAUCAAUUCGAAACUUCAAGAUACCAGUUCGAACAACAUAAUAAAAGUUCUAAAUAUAAUAAAAGAUCAAAUUCCAAUAAUUAUUCCUCUAGAGGUCAAAAUAAUCAUUAUAAAGGUUAUAAUAAAUCACAUAACAAAUAUGGGUAUAACAAUUUGAACAAUAAUUCACCUAUGCCUUUCAAUUCUUAUAAUAUGCCUCAAAUGGGAUAUCCAACACCUCAAAUGCAUUCAGGCUCAGGACCUUUCCCAAUGAUGUACCCUGGUUCAAUUCCCAUUGAUGGUCAAAACAGGUUCAUGCAACCACUAAUGUAUGCAUCAAUGGGUGCUGGUCACUCCAAUGCAGAAUCUCCUAUGGUGCCUCCAUAUGUUCAAUAUCCUUAUCAAGUUCAAUAUUAUCCAUUUAAUUCAAUGCCUUCACAAAAUAUGCCAUACUUCCAGUAUUCAUCAGUGAAUGAUAAAGAUAAUAAUUUUUAUGGAUAUCAGCAAAAUGCAGGUGUCAAUGGUAAUAACAGUAAUAGGAAAAAGAAUGGAAAUAGCUAUAAAUCUAAACAAGUGACUGAACCUGUUUCUGAAGGCACAAGAAAAAUAGUUAGUGCAUCUGAUAAAGAAAGUAUG